AUGUCGCUUUCCCAGGACGCUGCCCACACUAUUUCCGAGAUGGACUCCGACGAAGAGCCACUGGAUCCUAGAUGGAUUCGCAGGGCAAAUGCCACCUCUAUCAUGUACGACGAAAUCAUACCCGACAUGCCAACCGAAGACUCCAAGCCCUACUGUAUAUGGGAAGAGCUGGCAAGCGAGGAGACCUACCGCAAAUUAUUCCGUCGCUACCCGGACAUGAGGUACCAAGUCGGGCGAGCUUGCGCUGCUGCUGGCUACGAUUCCCUCUACGACGAGCUUGAUCUUCUGCCUGACGUAUCCAUCGCCGAGGAAGCAAGAGAGGCGAACAUCAGCGGCAGUCGGCAAAUUUUUGACAAGAUCAUGAGUCACCCGGUACGCUACGCGGUCAUGGACGAUUAUACGCGCACGAUCAGCAUUUCGAACCCUCAUCCUGGGGCAUGUUUAAACGGCGACACCGCUGUUCGUGCGUCUCUCUUGACCGACUAUGAAGGCGAAAUAAGCGAUGAGAUGCGAGAUCCUCACUAUUUUGACAUUACAGAGGACAUUGGACCUAGCGGGAGGCACGCUGGCCAUCGUAACAUGGACCAUCAAGUUCUGCCGCCACAAUUUGAAUACCUUCUCUGGUCUCCACUCCCGAAAGACCUUCCGACCACACGCAAAGAUGCCCUCAUUAUCAUGGCAGCUUACGAAGGAAAUUUGGACCGUUACCUCCGCCUUCGACGUCCGGUCAUGGUCGCGGAUGAGUGGGGUGCCGUCAUACGAGGCAUCUAUCACAACACCACCUUUGCCAAGUGGUGGUCUCUCCAAGAUCCUGCAACCCUGGGCCCAGACUCCCGAUUCAUUCUUGAAGCCAUCAACGCGCGCUUUAUCAUGAAUAAUGAUUUAUCCCGCAUCCGCAUGGACUCGGCCGACAAGGACGACGUUCCUGACAUGUUUUGGUACCCCCUCAUACCCCAAGAAAGAACCCUGCGCGAACUCGUUCGCAGGAGACCCAACGCCGUGUUUUCAGUUGCCUUGGCUUGCAUCGCCGCCGACUAUCAGCACACCUACGACGCCUUGGAUGUGGCUCCGCACUAUAUUACGUACCAACAGGCACGUAUGAGCCACAAUCCCCACUACGCUUUAGACUUGGAGCGGCGAGCAAGUGAGAGAAACAUUGACCUUCAUCCAAUGACGCACCUGACCUGCAGGACCAGGCCAGCCAAGGAGCCAACGUCGCUAGCCAUCGAACCUGAAAUCCGGGCGUAUAGGGGAGCUCUGAUUGAGAGUCAUGUAGAAGGAAUUUAUCCCAGCGAGUUGCAAGCUAAUGCUGCAUCUUGGGAGCUGUUCAUUUGCGUGCCAGAAGAUUUGAAGAGACGAGCUGGAGCUGGAGACAUCAUGCUAUACCCCGAAAGCGACGAUCUCGAUGCUUGGAAAGCAGCAAUCGCUAAGAACAUUUCACGUUAG